AUGCCUCGAUUAGACGAACAAAUAAUCGGCAGUACGGCGGCCGGUACCCACCGGCACACAUCCAUCGACCGCGACCAACGUGGUGGGACGACAAUAGCCUCCAAGUAUUCUACGAUCUCGAGCGGCGGAGCCGACGACCAUGGGAUGGUGGAGUCGCGGAUGUCUCUGUCGAGCGUUUCUCAAGAUUCAGAAAGGGGACAUCACUCGGUGGUCAACCCGGCCAAUAAAGUGAUGCUUGGAGGUGGUGGUGCUGAUGGAGAUCAAGCUGCAAGUCUUGAUACGAGAAACACGUUACGAGGUCCCAGAAGUAAAGCCGCGGAUUGGGCCAAUAUACAAUGUGGAAAAGAGCCCUUAAGCCUCUUUGAGAGAAAUUCCUACAGAAACAGUUUACGCGUGGCAAAAGAACACAACAUCCAGUACAUUGCAUUUACUGCUAUCUCAUGUAGGGGUGUAUUGUUCAUGGUCUGUUAUCUUUAUGAUGAAGUUGCAGCUCACGCCUUAGCUAUAAUCAAGGAAUUUGCAGGGGGCUUCGAAGAGGUGCAUUUUGUUCUUAUGUCUAAUGAGAUUUAUGAUGUUUGGUUGAGAAAGGCACGUGCAUUACUUCAAGAGCAACCAGAUAUGGUCAAUAUGUAA